AUGCCUGUGAUAGAGAAUUUGAAAAACUUCAUCCGCCAUGGCAAGCAGGCGCGAAAUAACCAAGAUAGCUCACCCCAAUCGGUGCCGGCUCCACAAAAUCAUGCACAUUCAGACCCAAUCCACUCAAAGGCCGAACACCAAAAGAAGUAUCAGCAGAAACAAGACUUCUCAGUAGCUCCUGAUGGCAACCGUAAUGUAGCUGCUCAGGCUGCCGAUGCUGCAGCUAACGCUACAGCAGCUCAUCAGAAGCUCCCGGUCGACGAUCCUGGUGUAGUGCCCUCUCAAAUCGGUGCGGGAGUAUCCGCUGGUGGUAUUGGUGGACAAGGAGGAAAGAAUUAUGAUGAGAAUGUACUUGCGCGAAUCGUCGCCGAGGAAAGGGAGACUCGAGAACGAUUACCAAAAUAUCCUGGCCUCGAACGAUGGAUAUUGCUGGAAAAAAUGGGUGAUGGAGCAUUCAGCAACGUCUACCGCGCGAGAGAUAGCACUGGAGAGUACGAUCAAGUUGCCAUCAAAGUCGUCCGAAAAUAUGAACUCAAUGCGGCUCAGCGAGCAAACAUUCUGAAAGAGGUCCAAAUAAUGCGGGGCCUUAAUCAUGAAAACAUCGUCUCUUUGAUCUCAUUCUCAGAAUCUCGAAGUUAUUACUAUCUUAUAUUAGAGCUCUGUCCUGGAGGAGAGUUAUUUCACCAAAUAGUGCGCCUUACGUACUUCUCAGAGGAUCUUAGUAGACAUGUCAUUGUACAAGUUGCGGAGGCUUUAAGGUAUCUCCACGAGGAAAAGGGAGUAGUACACAGGGAUAUUAAACCAGAAAACCUCCUUUUUGAACCCAUUCCGUUCAUUCCAACAAAGAGUCCUAAAAAUCGAUCACCAGAAGAUGAAGAUAAAGAAGACGAAGGCGAGUUCAUUCCUGGAGUAGGCGGCGGCGGCAUCGGGCGGAUAAAGGUCGCCGAUUUUGGGCUCUCCAAGGUCGUGUGGGAUACUCAAACGAUGACUCCCUGCGGUACCGUGGGGUAUACAGCACCAGAGAUUGUUAAAGAUGAACGUUAUUCCAAGAGUGUUGAUAUGUGGGCUCUGGGGUGUGUCCUUUACACUUUGUUGUGUGGAUUCCCGCCCUUCUACGACGAAAGCAUAUCAGUCCUUACGGAAAAGGUUGCGAAGGGACAAUAUACUUUCCUCUCCCCAUGGUGGGAUGAUAUUUCAAAAUCAGCCCAGGAUCUGGUUUCGCACCUUUUGACCGUCGAUCCUGUGAAGAGGUACACUAUCGUGGAGUUCAUGAAUCACCCGUGGAUUAAGAACACAAACGAGGCCACCGUGGCUGCAUUGGACGCACCUCCUCUAGCCACUCCUGCAAUUCACAAACAGAACAUGCAGUUCACACCGAUGGCUAUCGAGCCCGACUUCACCCCUGAUCCCAGUAUGCCCGGAGCCAACAAACGGAUGGAUUUCAGGUCUCCUGGUGUUGUCAGUUUGAGAGAGGUAUUCGACGUCGGUUAUGCAGUUCACCGUAUGGAGGAGGAAGGGAAACGUCGUAAGAACUGGAAGCAAGGAUACAGAGGUGCUCAGCCUUUGAACGAGGAAGACGAAUUCGACUCCGAGGAAGAAGAUAUUGCAGAAUCUGUUAAGAUCCCCAAAGAUAAUGAGGCCGAUGAUGUUGCGGGGAUGGAGGCAACAUUGAAGAAGACCAAUUUGAACUCCGGAAGCACGUAUGCUGGGGCUAUUGCUGCUGCUCGGGGCGUCGGAGCGACAGCUCCAAUGUCCCCCACCACGCCGAAGACCAAUACUGGCGGACAUGCUAGAUCCACGAAGAGGAAACCUGGCGGAUUUGAAUUGAGUCUAGAUAAUGCUACACUCUUGGGUAGAAGAAAGAAGGACGGAACAGUACAGGCAUAA